AUGUUGGCUCACCGGUCGAUUGUUGAUGUUGCGCAGGGCGCAUUCAGGUCUGCCCAGCCAUUGAGACGGUAUGCUUCCGCCGCCCCAACUGCAGCUUUUGCUGGGCACAAGGGUAGUAACGGUAAAUACACCGUGACUUUGAUUCCUGGAGACGGUAUUGGCCCAGAGAUUAGCGAAUCAGUCAAAAACAUAUACGCUGCUGCAAAAGUCCCCAUCGAAUGGGAGGAAGUCAGCGUCACUCCCGUUCUGAAAGGUGGGAAAACGGUUAUUCCGGACGCUGCCAUAAAUUCUGUAAAGAAGAACACUGUUGCUCUGAAAGGACCGUUGGCAACUCCAAUUGGAAAGGGUCACGUCUCUUUGAACUUGACUCUCCGUCGGACGUUCAACCUGUUCGCGAAUGUUCGUCCGUGUGUUUCGAUCAAGGGCUUUAAGACUCCUUAUGACAACGUUGAUACCGUGUUGAUUCGGGAAAACACCGAGGGAGAGUACUCGGGUAUCGAGCACGAGAUUGUGGAUGGAGUGGUCCAAUCUAUCAAACUUAUUACAUGGGAUGCCUCUGAACGCGUUGCUCGUUAUGCCUUCCAUUAUGCACAGGCUAGCGGAAGGAAGCGAGUCACAGCUGUCCAUAAGGCCAACAUCAUGAAAAUGUCGGAUGGCAUGUUUUUGUCCGCAUGUCGGCAGGUUUCGAAGGACUUCCCGGGCAUCGCCUACGAUGAAGACCUUUUGGAUCGUGUCUGUUUACAGAUUGUGCAGAACCCCCAACCUUACUCCAAUCGGGUCAUGGUGAUGCCCAAUCUCUACGGGGAUAUUUUGUCGGACAUGUGCGCUGGAUUGAUUGGAGGCCUUGGCUUAACACCGUCUGGUAACAUUGGUCGUGAUGCAUCAAUUUUCGAAGCCGUGCACGGAUCGGCUCCCGAUAUUGCAGGGAAGGGAUUAGCUAAUCCUACUGCUCUCCUUCUAUCUUCUCUCAUGAUGCUGAGACACAUGAACUUGAAUGAGCAUGCUGCCAAGAUCGAAGGGGCUGCUCUUAGUACAAUCGCGGAAGGUCAGACGAUUACGGGGGAUCUGGGUGGCAAGGCCUCGACUAAGGAGUACACGAAUGCGAUCAUCGACAAACUCGCGAAGGCAUGA